GCGUUCCUUGAGACUUCUUCCACCCCCCCCCUCCUACCCAUCCUCCUCGCCACUUCCCUUUGCUUGUCCCAUCAAGCUAGGGGCGGUGCAACGGUGGGCGGGUCCUAGCGGCGGCCUGACGGGCGUCAGAUGGUAGAUAUCUGCUGUUUCUAGCUGGUGGCGGCUUGGGCGGGACGCACGCGGUGCGGUGCAAGAUGGCGGAUGCAGAAGUAAUUACUUUCCCAAAGAAGCAUAAGAAGAAAAAAGACCGGAAGCCAUUACAAGAAGAAGAUGUAGCUGAAAUACAACAUGCUGAAGAAUUUCUUAUCAAACCAGAAUCCAAAGUGGCUCAAUUGGACACUUCUCAGUGGCCCUUGUUACUAAAGAAUUUUGAUAAGCUAAAUGUAAGAACAGCACACUAUACACCUAUUCCUUGUGGUUCAAAUCCUUUGAAGAGGGAGAUUGGGGACUAUAUCAGGACAGGUUUCAUUAAUCUUGACAAGCCCUCUAACCCCUCUUCCCAUGAGGUGGUAGCCUGGAUCCGACGAAUACUUCGGGUAGAGAAGACAGGCCACAGUGGCACACUAGAUCCCAAAGUGACUGGUUGUUUAAUUGUGUGCAUUGAACGAGCUACUCGUUUGGUGAAAUCACAACAGAGUGCAGGCAAAGAGUAUGUGGGAAUUGUUCGGCUGCACAAUGCUAUUGAAGGGGGUACUCAGCUUUCUAGGGCUCUAGAAACUCUGACAGGUGCCCUGUUUCAGCGACCCCCACUUAUUGCUGCAGUAAAGAGGCAGCUUCGAGUGAGGACUAUCUACGAGAGCAAAAUGAUAGAAUAUGAUCCUGAAAGACGAUUAGGAAUCUUUUGGGUGAGCUGUGAAGCUGGCACCUACAUUCGGACACUAUGUGUACACCUUGGCUUGCUACUGGGAGUUGGUGGUCAGAUGCAGGAACUUCGGAGGGUGCGUUCUGGAGUCAUGAGUGAAAAGGACCACAUGGUGACAAUGCAUGAUGUACUCGAUGCUCAGUGGCUGUAUGAUAACCAUAAGGAUGAGAGUUACUUGCGGCGUGUUGUUUACCCUUUGGAAAAGCUGUUGACAUCUCAUAAACGUCUGGUUAUGAAAGAUAGUGCAGUGAAUGCAAUCUGCUAUGGGGCCAAGAUCAUGCUUCCUGGUGUUCUCCGAUAUGAGGAUGGCAUUGAGGUCAACCAGGAGAUUGUGGUCAUUACCACCAAGGGGGAAGCUAUCUGCAUGGCUAUUGCAUUGAUGACUACAGCAGUGAUUUCUACCUGUGACCAUGGUAUAGUAGCCAAAAUAAAGAGGGUAAUUAUGGAGAGAGACACCUAUCCUCGCAAGUGGGGUUUAGGUCCAAAGGCAAGUCAGAAGAAGAUGAUGAUCAAGCAAGGCCUUUUGGACAAGCAUGGCAAACCUACAGACAACACCCCUGCCACCUGGAAACAGGACUACAUUGACUAUACUGAUUCUGGCAAGAAAGCACUGGUUGCUGAAGCAGUACAAGCCCCUCAGUUAGCUGCUGAAGCAGUAAAAGUCAUAAAAGUGAGUGGCAUGACCUGUUUGAAAUGUGCUUCAAGCCAGGCCAGCCUCUACAAAAGGAAGCGGGAGAGUGAGAGUGAAAGUGAUGAGACCUCUCCAGUUGUUCCCCAGUUGACGAAGAAGGAAAAGAAGAAGAAUAAGAAGGAUAAGAAGCCUAAAACCGUGCUAGAAAGUGGGGGCGAGGCUGGAGAUGGGGACAGUGACAUCAUGAAAAAGAAAAAGAAGAAGAAAGUAAAAGUGGUGGAAAAGAUGUCUGAAUAGUAAAAGCCGCUUGAAGCAUUAUGUCCAGCUAGGAGGAGAAAUGAAAACCUUAUUGAAAAACAUUUGUUGAGGGAGUAGAACAGAGGUCCCAAACAGAGUACAGAGUUCUGGUAUACUUUAGCUGCCACUUGUGACCUCAGUGGUUAGGGUGUGGCCAUCUCAUCCUAUCCUGUCCUGUCCUGUUUUAAGGAUAUGAGAGAUGAAAAGCAGUUUUUGCCACUGACCCCUCUGCUUGCUUGAGUGGGAGAGCACACCUUCAGACAUGGCACUGCCUAGUAACUGUCUGCAGCUGUUUACUAAUGGCCAUUUUAAACAAUGCCAUAGAUAGUCCUCUCCUAGUUUGCUUUUUUUUUAAUGUUUGUAAAAAUUAAAUCUAAAUAAAAUGGUAUAGAACCUUCUGUGAGUAGAAGAAUAUAAAUGAACCAUGUUCACUUGGGAAAUCUUAUCUCCAGUAUCUUGUGAGGGCUGCUCUGGUAUCAGAUAUGGGUCUUGCUGGCCUGGUAGUGUCCAUGGUGUUUGGGCUAGCACUCUGUUGUGUACAACAGGAUUUAUCCAAUUCCAUUUGGCUACUUGUGUUUGUGGGGGAAGCCAAAGCAUUCCUAUACCCUCCUGUUCUAAUGUUUAUUUUCUUUUGAAGAAUGGAUUUUUUCAUUGCUAGGAAAAGAAUGUUAUUUGUAGCUUUUUAAAAGUAUUCCUGUUGGGUUUUCUAAUUGAUAAUCUUAGGCUGGCAGAACAAAAAUGAAAAUAUUUUUAUUAAAAAUCUGGGAAUUUUUUUGUCCUAUUUGAAA